AUGGCUGGAUCUGCGGAGCAGCUCCGCAAAAUGCAAAUCCUUCAAAUGGCAGACCUAGGAACUGCUCGGCGUGAAAUGAUUUCCACUGCCGACUUGAAGAGGCAGCCUCGCACACAGCUUACCAAUAUCGAAUCCAAGCGAUAUCUCGAUCAAAGAGAUGAAGCUCAAUUGAGCAAAUGGGCAAAUCUGCACACUGAGAUCGGAGAUACUCGUGGCAUGGAAGAACUCGAUGACAUAGAUUGCGGCCAGUCUCACCGGGCUAAUUUGCACGCCAUGUUGCAUCCCAAUGGAAGUCAGCCACGCACUUAUGCCAAUCAUCCUCAUCCUCUUCCAUCUGCAGGUCGUGGUGGUGGUGGUGUCAUGGGGAAGAGAGGACGAGGUGGCUUUGUUCCCCCUCUCCCUGCUGCUCUCCCUCCUGCCCCUACAAGAACCUUCAUUAAUGCAACUGUCGUUCGCCCGGGACGCUCAGGGCGCCCAGGACUGCGCGGUCGCUCAACCACGAUGUCGGCCGGCAUUCAUUUAGACCCUGCGUUGAACUGCAAUACUGACGACGGUGAUACCUAUGACAAAGGAAGGGGACGUGGACGAGGCAAAGGCAAGGGCAGGGGUAACGCCCAAGGGCAGGUUUACAUCCCGUCCGCCCCUAUCAGGGUCCAGCGGCAGCCUCCAGCCGUCGACUUCGCCGCCAGAAUCUCUCAGCCUGGGGACUUCAUGUCCGUAGUUCAGUCCCGCCGAGCAACCGAAAUGUACAAAAAGCCUAUCGAUACAAGCUUCUCUGCGCCAAUGCACAUGACUGCUCCUGCGCAAAAGAUUACGUCUCUCAACGAGCCAAAGGUCAAUGUGCCUCUGGGCGGCACACCAAAGAAAGGAACGGCCACCGUUAUUGCACCCCCGAACCCUGGACCCUCGUUAGUGGUAGCAUCAAAACCGCUAUUUCAUGCUGGUUAUACCGAGGAGACCACGUCAUCCAAGCCCCAGUAUACUUCAAGCAGGAUUUCUCAGCCAUAUAUUGGACCCUAUCUAGUGGAAACACCCUCGCCAUCACCUCGUGUUGUUCCUAUUGACAAGACUGCGUCCUUCAAGUCCAGGAAAACCCAGCCCAGUACAUCCAAACCUACCCAACCACAUAAGAAAUACCCUCCUGUGGUAGCAGUCGCUGCAGAUAGGAUUCAAUGGAAGAUUUCGCCUGGCGAACAGCCACGAAAAAGGGCCGCGGCUUCCUCAAGCAAGGAGGCAGUCUUGUCUGGACGCUGCAUCCCUCUCGCCGAGGUCAAGAAAGCACCGGUAGCCAAAGCUCCCCAAACCAAUGACAGCAAGCGGGAUGUUGCUCCGGGUAGCCAGAAGGUGAAAACAAAGGAGAAAGUUCAGUCUCAAGACUUGCUCGGCGAGGAUGACUCCCCGGUGAAUGCAGCAACAAAGGUUCCGCGUCCUUUGAAGACAGUGGCCAUCCAGAGUCCAGGUACUACAGAAUUGGCAGGUCUUCAGUUUGCGGCGAAAGCCAGCGAGUCAGUGCGAGCCAAGAGCAUUGAUGAAGUCAUCUCCCCGAAAAGAACGAAUAAUGACAUCCCAGGAUCCCACGCUCACCGCAAUGAUCAGAGUCAAGAAGAUGACAGUUUCGUUGUCUCUGGUAGGCAGAUUAUUGCAGAACUUCGCGACAUGCGCGAAUACAUCCGUGCACCCCAUCAUAACUUGGCGACUACUCGGGAUAUCGAACGAAUACUUGAAGCUAAAUUGCUCCAACUGGUACCUAUCGCAUCUGCAUCAGCUACAUCACCUACAGCACCUGGAGCCUCAAAUAUCGGCACUCGGCUGGAUAAUUUGGUUGCAUCUAUAGAGUCCAUUUCGGCAUUGCAUCGACGAACUAAGGCUGUUGAAGCUUCUUCUAAUGCCCGGCGCGACCUUACUCCCUUUGAUGGCCACAGAUCGCCAUCUCCCCCUUCCUCCAGUUCGAGCUCACCUCCUUCUGCCGAUAAAAACGCGCACAAAGUACAUGUGCCCGGCCUUUCGCCGACCAGAAGUGAAAAUUCAGACAUCAUUUCUCAGUUCGAAACCCUCCAGGCGUCAGACAAAUUGGCUGCGCCACUGCAACCACAACGUGUUGUCUGUACUCCGGCUAUUCGCCCUCUGGAGGUCCCCAAGAGGACCAUCGCAUUCGAUGAGUCCGUUCAGGUCACUCCUGCUUUGGGAUCGGGUCCAAAGGACUCGGUAAAAAGGCCACUGACUCUCAAUGAUUCCAUCUUUGCAGGACCUGUUGGUCCUGUCACCUCGACUUCCAAGGUUAUGGAACCCAAUGCCAUGCGGUCCCAGACCACGACUCGGGCUCUGAGUGCAAACGUCCCCAACAUCCCCAGCCGACAGGGCGAAAGAGCCCAGCCAACCGGCGUUCGCACAGUUGGCCCUACGCCAUACAAACCCCGUGUGAUUGGUCCUGCUCCCUCGGUGUAUGAGCAAACGACGUUGCGCGACUUGUCAGGGGCUCAGAUUCGUACUGUCUCCGUCCAGCAGGCAGCCACGGAUACUCGCAUCGAAAACUACUCCUCUGCCAAUGUUGCAAGCGGUGCCCAGUCCAGCGGGACUGCUUCCGAGCAAGUUGAAGAUCGGCUGUUUCAAUGCCAGGCCCCACGACCAUUCAGCAACCCAAAGUGA